UCCCUAAUGGAGAAUUGAUUGCACCUGGCGGCUGACACUCACGCGCCGCUACUCUGCUUAAAGUCAGCCGGCCGUCAUUAACUUGCUUUCAGUCGAGUCAUUUUAACGUCUUUCUUCAACCUAAUUCCCGCCGCACCCACACAUAAAAUGCCUCCUAAAAAGAAUUUAACUGUUGUCGAUGCGAUAGCAUCUUCCAGCGACGCGCCGGUGCUUGGAAAAAAGGGUCCUGUGGCUUUACGCAUGAAGUCCGCACAUCCUGCCACCAACUUAAUGGUGAGAGAAGCGAUAAAAGCACUGGACUCCAAAAAUGGGGUUUCGUUACAGGGCAUCCACAGCUUCAUCAAGCUCAACUAUCCGUCCACGGACAGCGUCCGGCGCAAUUACUUUGUCCGCAGAGCCCUCAAGAAAGGUCUGGAAACGGGCGAGUUGGUGAGGCCGGCAAACGCCGUCGUCACUGUAGGCGCAAAGGGCAGAUUUCGGCUCGCACCGAAGGCCAAAGAGGUCAAAGGUAAACAAGAAAAUGAGAAUCCAAAUCUGCAAGAAGCCCCAAAGGAGGAAAGCAAGAAGACAAAAACUGGCAAAGGUGCUGCAAAACAAUCUGAUGCUGCAAAUGAACCAAAGAAAGAGGGGAUACAGGUUCCCGAAAAGUCGAAAGAUGAGGUGCCUCUGUCCUCAAAGGUGGUUCCAGCCAAGAAGCCCAAAUCUAACAAAGCUGCAGACAAAGAUGAAGAGGUUGUGUCUGGCAAGACCAAAGCUAAGCUCAAAGGGACCAAGUUAAAGGAAGCCAAGGAGCCCAAGAAGACAAAGACCGCCAAGGAGCCCAAGACCGCCAAGGAGCCCAAGACCGCCAAGGAGCCCAAGACCGCCAAGGAGCCCAAGCUUAAGUAAAAAACAAAGGUGUCAAAGGGUAAAGCUGCUGAACAGUUCAAGGACCCUGCACUAGAAGCCCCUGCUAAACGGGUGAGAAACUUUUUGAAUAUUCUAAAUUUGUAUUUAUUUUUUUCAAUAAAAUUGUAACUUUUAUAGGUCUAAUUGAUUUACACUUGCUGAACUUGGACAAAAUCUUCUACACCUAUUUGUUCAAGUGCUUAAAUAGUAUUAUUGUCAUAUAGUCUUUAUGCUGAAAUUUUGACAGUUUUUAAGAGCUAUACACUCCACUUGUUGGAUGUAGUCAAACGUGUUCAACAGUAGUAAGUGCUUAAAUAGUAUUAUUGUCAUAGUCUUUAUGCUGAAAUUUUGACAGUUUUUAAGAGCUUUACACUCUACUUGUUGGAUGUAGUGAAACAUGUGCACAGACAGGAAAUGUUGUCUUAAGCAUCAAAUUCUGAAAACCAAUUCUAGGCAGUGCAUUGUCUGGUUUCUAUGAAUUCAGUCAGUGCAUUGCACAAAAAUUGACAAGUUUGCCUACGCACUAAGCAGAAAAAUGUGUUAUCUGCUUUCUGCAUUGUGUAUGAUCAAGAAAUGUGCAAAAUUUGACAUUUUUAUUCAAGAAAACUGUAAUUUCACAGAACACUUUAAUAAAAGUUUAUUUCAUCAAAA